AUGGCUACUACUUUAAAACCAGAAACCUUACAAAAGAAGGCUAAAGCUAUCCAAAAGACCACUGAAGAACGUGCCGCUGCCAAGAAGGCCAGAAGAGCUGCUUCUAAGGAAAAGAGACAAGCUAUCUUUGACAGAGCUGCUGCUUACCAAAAGGAAUACACUGAUGCUGAACGUUCCAUCAUCACUGCUAAGAGAGAUGCCAAGGCUGCUGGUUCUUACUACGUUGAUGCUCAAUCCAAGUUGGUUUUCAUUGUCAGAAUCAAGGGUAUUAUGAAGAUCCCACCUAAGCCAAGAAAGGUUUUACAAUUAUUAAGAUUAACUCAAAUUAACGCCGGUGUUUUCGUUAGAUUAACCAAGGCUACUGCUGAAUUAAUCAAAUUGGCUGAACCAUACAUUGCUUACGGUUACCCAUCUUUAUCUACCGUUAGACACUUAGUCUACAAGAGAGGUUACGGUAAGAUCAACAAGCAAAGAAUUCCUUUAUCUGACAAUGCUAUCAUUGAAGCUAACGUAGGUAAAUUCAACAUCUUAUCUAUUGAAGAUUUGAUUCACGAAAUUUACACUGUUGGUCCAAACUUCAAGCAAGUUAACAACUUCUUAUGGCCAUUCAAGUUAUCUAAUCCAAACGGUGGUUUCAGAGCUAGAAAAUUCCAACACUUUAUCCAAGGUGGUGACACCGGUAACAGAGAAGAAUUCAUUAACGCUUUAGUUAAGCAAAUGAACUAA